GGGAAUAUCACUUGGAGAUAUUGAGUCUGGACACAUAUAUCGCAUCCUUCUGCUCCUUCUGAUUCUAACGGUUUGACUCCUUAUAUGCAACUCAAAACCCUGUCAACGACACCCAAACCUGAGUUCUUCCUCGUCGAAGAACUGCUCUGAGCAUAUUCUAGAGCUGUGUUAUGAGCCAUGGCCUACACCGAUGAUGCCGUACGCGCAAAACUGUCCGCGCUGAAUGAAACGCAAGAAGGAAUUGUCACAGUUGCACAAUGGGUCAUGUUUCAUAGACGCCAUGCAGACCGUACUGCUCAGCUGUGGCUGCAGAAACUUAAAGAUUCCCCGGCUAACAAGCGGUUGAACCUGAUUUACCUGGCAAAUGAGGUUGCGCAACAAUCCAAAGCUAGACGCAAGGCGGACUUCUUGAUCGCAUUUUCUCCCAUCAUUGCUGAGGCUAUGUCAGUAGCUUACAAAGGCUCGUCCAACGACAUACAACAAAAGUUGCGGCGCGUUGUCGAGGUCUGGAGACAGCGUGCCAUCUUCGAGCAGCCUAUCCAAGAAGCUGUUGAAUCUCGUGUUGAUGAGUUAGAUAAAAACCGAUCGUCCACCAAAAAGCCUUUGUUGGGAGGCUCUUUCUUCGGCUCUGGAUCGGGGUCCAUUCCGGCCGAGUUCCAGCCACUGGUGCCACUUCAAGUCGAUGUCUCAAAACUCUCCGUGACAUCUGGCUCGGCAGUAAAUGCAGCCAAUGCCGAAUUUGACAAGUCAAAUGAUCCUUCAAAGCCAGAUCCAUCGCCGCCUGUACAUGCGGCACGUCUCAGCCAGCUUCUCAAAGCACUGGCGAAUGCAGAAAGCUCUGUUUCCGAAAUCAUCAAGUCCCGGCAGUCCUUAAUAGACGGCCUUGAGAAACUGCUCGACAGCAACCGUGCUUCUCUUGCCAAGGAGAAUUCUCUUUUGACCCAACUGUCGGAGAAGAAGGCAGACACGGAGUCACGAAAGCGGGAUGUCGAAGAUGCUAUCAUGCGUGGGCUCUCUGCCGAGAACUCACCAGCAAUCCAUAAUGGCGGCGACGAAGAUUCUCGCCCAGAGAUUGAGACCCUCACACCACCACCAGUAGAAUCCCUAACACCUGUUGAUUCGCCCGGCCAAUUUGGAUCUGCCGCAGAAACAUCACAACCGCAUCCCUUCACCCUCUCUGACCACCAAAUGGACGGACCUGCUGACCUUCACGACUUUUCUAUGCCAGAUAUGGGUCAUGAAGAAGCUGCAAGGCUGAAUUCAAAACGACGCAAGGUUACACAUGAAGAAGAGUACGGGGGCUAAUCUUGCCUUUUUCAAAUCUUCCCUUUAGUUAUGUGGAAUCUCUUGGCUUGUACAACAUGACUAGGAAUCAGACAAUAUUGAUGUUAAUGGAUAUCAAUA